CAUGCACCACCAAAACCUCUAUAAAACCACCCCCCCUGCUGGCCCCUGCUAUCAAGCCCAACGGAUUCGACACAGCCCCUGCAAGGCUCUCGAUCGACCAGCUCCCUCCGGCUUGGCUUGGCUUGCCUUUGCUCUGCUUUGCUCAUUAAACAACUCAUCCCCAUCGUCUUCCUCGAUCUACUCUCUCGAUCUCUCUCUCCCUCUCCAAAUUAACUCCAAAGCUACCUAGCUAGCAAUGGGGAGGUCACCGUGCUGCGACCAGGACGCCGGCGUGAAGAAGGGCCCCUGGACGCCCGAGGAGGACAAGCUGCUGGUCGACUACAUCAAGGACAACGGCCACGGCAGCUGGCGCCGCCUCCCCAAGCUCGCCGGGCUCAACCGCUGCGGCAAGAGCUGCCGCCUCCGCUGGACCAACUACCUCCGCCCGGACAUCAAGCGCGGCCGCUUCACCGACGAGGAGGAGAAGCUCAUCAUCCACCUCCACUCCAUCCUCGGCAACAAGUGGUCGUCCAUCGCCACCAAGCUCCCCGGCAGGACGGACAACGAGAUCAAGAACUACUGGAACACGCACCUCCGCAAGAAGCUCCUCAGCAUGGGCAUCGACCCCGUCACGCACCGCCCGCGCACCGACCUCAACCUCCUCGCCGGCAUCCCCAACCUGCUCGCCGCCGCGCAGGCGCAGACCACUGCCUGCUGGGACAUCAACGCCCUCCGCCUCCAGGCCGACGCCGCCAAGUACCAGCUCCUCCAGGGCCUCCUCCGCGCGCUCGUCACCCCUCCCGCCGUGCCCACCGUCGACCUCAUGGCCCUCCUCGCCGCCGGCGCCACCAAUGGAGGGGUCAGCGUCAGCCAGCCCGCCGCCGGCGUUGACCACCAGCAGGGCACCAGGGCCCAGUACGACGGCCUGCUCAACCUGCCGGCGCUGACCAGCUUGCCGGCCGCGACGCUACCGGCGAUGUCCUCCUCCUUCUCCGGGCUGCUCAGCAGCUUCGGCGCCGGGAGCGCUCUCGCCGGGGACGGCCUCAGCUCCACGGAGCUCGGUCACAGCGGGGCCAGCGGGAGCACGGCAGCGAUGGCGCCGCCGCCUUUGGUAGCGGCGAAGGAAUGCAAUGACGGUGGCAGCGGCGGCACGUCGACGCCUUGCGAGGACACGCCGGCGUCCAGCCCGUUCGAAGGGCUGGAGAACCUCAACCUCGACGACGAAUUCAACAGCGACAGUUGGAAGGACUUGCUAGAGCAAAUGUCAUGGUUGAACAACCCGAAUGAUCAUGAUCAGCAGCAGCUGAUGUGAGAAUUAAUAAUGAAGAACUGAGUAGAUGACACAUAUCUUUCAUAUAUAGGAUCCAUCGAGAUGAAGAAGUUGAAAAGAUACAUGGAUCGGAUGAUGCAUGGAGAGACAGUUUCUUGCAUUGGAUUGGUUGCGCACUUCGUCAGAGAUGUGAAUCAUGAAGUUUGUUUGUUGAUAGGAAAAAAGGUGGUUUAUCUGACUAUAGAUACACACCCACUGUUAGCGAUGUACAGAGAAACAAGGACAGAAAGACAUGCUGCAAGUAUACUCACUUUCAAUGUUUUCAAUUUGUUUUUUUUUUGCCUCGUUUUGCCUUUGGCAAGGAGGAUAUGUGUAAUGAUUAGCUUGUGACGACAUAAACUAAAUGAAGUUUCAUUUUCCACACCGGCCAGUAAAGUGUGUGACUAUA